GGAGCCGAUCAGUGCAAAAGCGACGGGCCAGUGCGCAAGCGAGAUGGAGUCACCGCUGGACGCCCGCCCGACCAAGGCCUCGAGCACGAAGAAGAAGAUCCUGCUUGUUACCGGCGCGCUCGUCAUUGUCGCAGGCGCCGCCGCGGCCAUCGCAGUUGUGACCACCUCGUCGAGCUCGUCGACCGUGUCGACGUCGCCGCAGGUGGCAACGACGGAACCGAUUGCCGUGACGACGCCGACACCAGUCGCGACGCCAGCGCCGACAACGACGAUUCCUGUCAAGGUCAAGACGCCACACCACAUCAAGAUGCCACCGGCGCCGCCGGCCUCGGACAUUCCGACCAAGCCCACGUGUCCAUCGAGUCGCAAGGCCGAGAAGGGCGACACGGUCUUCAUGACGCUCGACGACGGGCCGUCGAUCAAAGGCCGGAAGAACCUCCUCACAGCGCUCAUGCAGAUCAACCAAACGAUUAGCUUUUUCGAGUCGUCCUACAACUUUUGCGGCGCCGAGACGUACUACGAGCAAGAAUUGCACUGCCAGUCGCCGAGUCCGUACAGCGAAGUGACCGACCUCUUUGCCUAUACCAUCAAGGCUGGCCACUUUCUCGCUGCGCACUCCAACACGCACUACUAUAGCAACUCGUCGCGGCUCUGCGAGUACGCCAACAUGGCCAAGUUCACCAAGAUCGACGCGCAGUACGAAUCGUGCGGCAACACGCCAGUCGCCGACAUGGUUCGCGGCGCACUGCGUAUCCAGACGGCCCUCAACAACGAAUCGCUCUGGGACAACGAUGACGAGUUUGCCAUGUACCAAAAGGCGAUGGCCAAUAUUUGGACGUACGCGCGGCUGCCGUGCACGAGUGCAUGGCGGCUCCCAGGAUACCAAAAGAUCACGCUGCUCGGGCCAAAGGACGGACUCCAGCCCGAGCUUGGCGCCCGCACCGAGGUGGCAGAUGCCAUGUUUCGAGGCUCGCUGCCGUGCCGGAACGAGACCUUCCAGAGCAAGCCGUGGAACACGAUUGGGUGGGACGUCGAGGUGCGUCCGGACGGCGCCAACAACCUCCCGCCCAAGUGCAACAUUUUUCGCAUCAUCGAACAAGGCUUUGGUGGCGGCCACGACCCGCAGCGUCGGCAAGAGGUCGUUGUGCUUGGCCACGACUACCACUACGACACGCCUGAGAAGGCCAAGCUCUUCCGUGACGUUCUCGUCGAGCUCAAGCUCCAGGGGUAUGCGCUCGACACGAUCGACCACCUCAAGACACACUAACAAAUUACACAUUUACAGAGUCAUGGGCUAUACUCUUGUACACUACGAAAACCAGGAAUGAGGCGAGU